AUGCAUAAAAUUUUUAGAUCAAUUAAGUCAAACAAAGGAUCAAGAUUUGCUAAUAAAUUGCCCACCUAUUUAGAAAGAUUAAAAUAAUAAGAGGAAAUGGAUCGUAAAACUAAUUUAGAUGUCUUAAGGAGAGAAGUUUUUAAUGAUUCAAUCUAAUUACCUAUAAAAUUUGCUGCCUAUUAUAUUACUAACUAAUAGACUUUUUGGGCUGAAUUAACAAGAUCUAUGAUUGAUGCAAGCAAUCAUGUUAUUUUAUUUGCAACCCAAAUUAUAUUAAUUAUGGGUCCUAAUAAAUAAUUCCCAUAUGGAAUAGAAAAAGUGAAACAUCUAGUAGCUUUGAUACCAUCAGCCUUGUUUUUAUACUUUGGAGCCUCUAUUUCAUAUGAGUCAUUCCUUAAUAUUUAUAAUUAUGGUCAUUAUGUCGGUGAAAUACAUAGCAAUGCUUGGGGAUUAGCUUUAUAUUUACUAUCCAUUGGUAUAGAAACAAGUGUAGUUUUCAAAAAUAUAAGAGAUGCAUAAGCUGUUGAUUCAAAUGAAGAAAUAAAAAAAGGAUUGUUUAAAUAGUUUCUAUCAGUAUUUCAAAAAAAGGAUCCAGUCUUAUAAGCUAUUCUUUAUGAGAAUGCUAUAACCCUAGGAUCUACUUUAAUUCCAUUAUUAUCUUCUGCAUUUACCUUAAUUUACCCUACACAUGCAUUUGAAAUUGUAGGAUCUUUGGCAAUCGGCUUAAUUUAAUUACAAUUAGCAUAUCAUUUGAGCGCCAAGAACUUAAGUUCUUUGAUGGGGGAAUAAUCUAUUAGUGAUUUUGAAGUCAAGAAAAUAUUAGAAAUUAUCAAAUAAAAUCAAUAUGUUGAAAAGAUUUAAAAUGAGAAGGCUGUGAUGUUAGGGAGUAGGAAAUUUAGAUUUUCAGCUGAAAUAACUUUUAAUAUUAAACAAAUAAAUUAAGAUACUGAAUCUAAAUACCUAGAGAGAUUUGACAAAGUUAUUUAUAGUGAAUCUUAUAGAGAUAGAGAGGAAUACUUAUAAGAAUUAUUAAGAGAAAUAUAGGAAUAUGUUCUUGCCAGUUUACAUAUAUAAAUUCAAAAAAUUGAAAGUGCAAUCAGAAAUGAAUUUCCUAAUUGUAUACAUUUGGAUUUUGAAAUUAAUAAAAAAUUUUUGGCUGAAACUUAUUCUAUAGAUGAUGGCAAUUGGUUGUUUAGAGAAACAUUAUUAAAAUCGCCUUUUAAGGUUGAAAAGUGGAUGCUAGAUGAAGUUGACAGGUUGAUAAAGAAAAUUACAAAGAAAAAAAAAGAAACAUAUAUUGAAACUUAUUAAUCCUUAUGUUCAUCAGUUUAAUAUAAUUAAUGGAAUGACUUGGAAGAUGAUGAUGAAUAACUAAAAAUUAUAGAGGAUUACAGAUUUGAAGAAUUGUAAAAUGAAUUAAAAGGCAUAGAUAAAAAGUUAUAGUUGAAAAAUUAAUCUAAAGGAUAAUGA